AUGUGGUGUCUCUUGGUGGUGAUGAAACGUAGUCUGUUCAACAUGAAAAAGACUGCUAGAGUUGCUGAUGAGAACAUGGUAGAUGUUGUUAGAGAAGAAGAAUUCCCAAUCUUUGUUCAUAGACGAAGAAGAAGCCAUGGAUGGAAUAAUAAUGGAUUAAUCUCAAUCCUUUAUAGCAUCGUAAGAGCACCUUUCUCUUUGAUCUCUUGUAUCUCUCAUCCUACUGUUAAUGGUGCUGAUGGGGUUUGGGUUUCUGGUGACUUCAAUGCUAGAAUCUCUGAGAUGAACCAUCUCAUGGUAAAUGAUAGCAUGCGUUAUGCUAUUCUGAUGUAA